AAGUAAAUUUGCAUCAAAUAGUGAAUCAAAAAUGUAAUAAAUUCACGCUUUCCAAAAUUUUUAAAAAGUCAUAGCUUUUGAGAAAUCGGCUUUGUUACAACUCACCUCGGUCUGCCCUAGAAUUCGAAUGAAAUAAAAAGAAUUAUUAAAACUGAUGUGUUGCACAACUCCCCACUGACGCUGUUGCAUAACAUAAAUUGCAUUCAGUAUAUCGAAGUCCUGAUUAUUCUUGUACACUUACCUUUUUGAUUAUCUUCAAAAACUUUGUGUAAAUGUCCGAAACUAAAUUUUUAAAUUCCAAACUAUACCAGAUUUAUUUUUGGACUGGGGUUCGUGUUUUACCAACUCCAAUUAAAAGUUAAUCAAUUGAGGAUUUAAUCAUUGAUUAACCUUUAAUAAUCAGUGUUGAUGAAACCGUCCUUAAAUCUUUUAAUUGGAUGAAAUCCGGAUUGUUACAGACAAUUUUCGGAUUGUUUUUCGGCUCACCGACCGACACAAUACGGCACUGGCUGGUUUAAAUGACGUUAAAUAGGUAAAGAAACAAUUUUCAACCACUCUUUCUCUAAGCACAAACUCUUUUUACAAAAUCCAAAACAUUGUUUAAAUUCAUGCACGAACGUGGUUGCAAAAUCUAAAAUUGGAAGGUAAUUUAAUGUUAAGAAUAUGUUUGCUGGGCCAUUGUGCUCGCUCUGCAUGCUUUUGCCUUCUUCUGGCGACUGGCACCUAUAGUAAAAAAAGCAGGAUUGGAAGAGAGCGAAUAGAAUUGACGGUGAGUUUCUGCCAAUACGUUUUCGCGUGAAAACCAUAUUGGGGGCAUUCUGCCAAUCCUGCUUUCUCGCCGUCAAUUCUGUCCUCUUGAAUCUUUCGAUUUCACGUUUAUUGACUCGACUUGAGUGUGUACUGUUGAUCUAUUACCACAUGAUUUAGGGAGCUUUCGACGUUCGCGCUAGGGGCGCUGUGAGUAUAAGUCACAGCGCUUAUCUAGAAAAUACCUAAAUCAUAUGGUAAUAGACCAACAGUACAGCCUUCUGUCAAAUUUUAUUUACUUACAUUUUAACAUUUUUAUUUUAUUUUUUUUAUAUUUCCUGUUUGUUAUCAGCAUUUUUACACAUUAUAUCAAUCAGUCUUUUUGAUUGAAAUGCCAAAUCGAGUUAAUAAACGUGAAAUUGAAAGAAACAAGUGGACAGAAUUAACGGCGAGAAAGCAGGAUUGGCAGAAUGCCCUCAAUACGGUUUUCACUCGAAAACGUAUUGGCAGAAACUCACCGUCAAUUCUAUUCGCUCUCUUCCAAUCCUGCUUUUUUUACUGGGCAGUAAACCGCUUCAUACUGUCUAUCAUUAUACAUUACUUUCCAAUUUUACAUUUUACAACCGCAUUUUCGCGUGGAUUUAAACAAUCUUUAGAAUUAUUGUAAUUUAGAAGAUAUCCGCCAUUUUGAAUUUUUGGAAAUAAAGUUCAUAUUCGUAAUCAGCGACCCCAAAAACCCUCGAGUGACAAGUUUCAAGUGAAUUCGAUAAAUUUUUGUAAAACUCAUCCGCCUUAUUGGAUCCGCCAUUUUGAAUUUUUGAAAAUAUAGUUCAUAUUCGUAGGCAGCGACACCGAAAACCCCCGAGUAACAAAAUUCAGUCGAAUCCAUUGACUUUUGGGCAAUAUAAAUAAUAUUGCUCAAAAUUUUCAAAUUUUACGUUAGAUUUGACGCCAUAUUGGUCCGUCAUCUUGACAUCUUUAAUUCUACUUUACUUUUCUCGAAAGCGUAUAAUUUUUAUGCACCAAUGGUUGAAAAGAGAAUUUUAUUCUUACAUUUUUUCGAGAUGAAAAAAAUGUCAAACUUGAAAAAAUGAAUUUUUUUGACAUUAAAACCGCCAUAUUUAAUUUUGGUUUAGAUGAAAUUUAUUUUUGACACCGGAAUCGGAAAGAGCACAUCCAAAACCUUUAGAAAAUGUACCUCUGGUACAAAUUGUCAAUCGUUUUAUUUAUAAUAACGUAGCUUAAAAAUUAUCAUAGAAUUUUCACGAGUUCGGCGUUAAUGGGUUAAACGCAUUUCUUAAAUCAGUAAAAGAAAAAAUGUCAAAAAAUUUCGAAACAGAGCAAAGAUACUAUAUAAAUAAUUAAUAUUUAUCAAAUGAGGGCUCACUGCAUAAUAAAAUGAUAUAUUAAGUAAAUGGCGCGUAUCUCUUUAUUGCAGGUAAGCCAAUACAGAUUUGUACAAAAACCCUAUUGGGGCGUUUGACUCAAUCAUUUUUUCGUCCACCAAAUACGGUCCUGGAAUAUAAAAUUGCCGAUUUCGAAACAAAACAGUGAAAAAUUAUUAAAAAAUGGUAAAAGCAAAAUUUGACAGACGCGACUGCAUUUAACAUAUGUAUCAAUGAAAAAGAUAAGUUUAAAUAAAUUAAGAGGAAUCUACUGUGCCGACUUCAAAUUUUGCUGUUACUACUUUUUAAUAAUUGUUCACUGUUUCGUUUUGAAAUCAGAAUUUUUAUAUUCCGGGACAAUUUUCCUUUCAAUUUAUGAAUAUCCAUCUCUCGGUCUAUCGCAUCGUCACCGCGGUUAUCCGUCACUGUCUGAGUUCAAUUUUUUUAUUUUUAUAAAAUAACAUUAAAAAAUUUAUUGAUAGGUAUGUGCAACAAAACGAUGCAAAAAUUAGAUUUUUUAUUAAAAAAUUAAUUUUUAAAUAAGAAAAUAUAAGAUAUUACGUUUUUUAAAUAAAUUUUUUUAAUUAAUUAGGUAAUUUUUUGUAAAAUUGUUGGUUUGUAUGUAGUAGUCCAAAAUAAAUAAAUUCUUGUACCUUCGACUAACCGUCUUUUUAGUUUUCUGUCAAGGUGUUGACCCGGUGCCUGACGGAAGAUCGAUGUUCCACUGUACAAAAAUUCAAAGUUAUUCAUUGUUUAAUUGAUCCAAGUAAAAAAGUAUUUUAAGAGAGCGAAUAGUAUUGACGGUGAGUUUCUGCCAAUACGUUUUCGCGUGAAAACCGUAUUGGGGGCAUUCUGCCAAUCCUGCUUUUUCCCGUCAAUGCUGUCCUCUUGAAUCUUUUGAUUUCACGUUCAUUGACUCGAUUUGACAUUUUAAUCAAAAAGACUGAUUGAUUUAAUGUGUAAAAAUGCUGAUAACGAACAGGAAAUAUAAAACUUUGUUAAAAUGCAAAUAAAUAAAAUUUGACAGCAGACUGUGUAGUACACAGUGUGUACUGUUGGUCUAUUACCAUAUGAUUUAGGGUAUUUUCUAGAUAAGCGCUGUGACUUAUACUCACAGCGCCCCUAGCGCGAACGUCGAAAGCUCCCUAAAUUAUGUGGUAAUAGAUCAACAGUACACACUCAAGUCGAGUCAAUGAACGUGAAAUCGAAAGAUUCAAGAGGACAGUAUUGACGGUGAAAAAGCAGGAUUGUCAGAAUGCCCCAAAUAUGGUUUUCACGCGAAAACGUAUUGGCAGAAACUCACAGCCAAUACUUUUCGCUCUGUUCCAAUACUUUUUUUCUACUGGGAUGUUAUAUUGUGUGUAAAUUGUUAUAUAGUCGAACCUGGAUAAGCGAGAGUUUAAGGGACCGUCAAUUUUAUCUCGCAUAUAAAGGUUUCUCACUUAUCCAGUUUCUCACUUACAGAGGUGCAAGAGCGAUUUCUCUUGCUUAUAAAGGUUUAUGAAUUAAUAUUGUUUUUUAAAAUUAAUUCAAUUAAUGAAUAUACAACGAAUAACUAUUAAAAUGUAUGAGUUAAACUGGAAGAUUUUAUUUAUUUAAUUUUAAAGAAGUCUAUCAUUUUUGCUUGCUUUUUUGUUUUAAGAUUUUCGACUUCCUUCUCAAGCUCAUAAAUUUGAUUAAAGACAGACUUAUCUACGUUAGCCGAAAAUUUAUUAGUCAAAAUAGUUUAAUAAAAUUUUGAAAUAUACCGUCAAUAGAAAGUAGAAACUUUUAAAAUUAUGCGGUAGCUUAUUCACGUGAACACAAUUUAGUAUUAAAGGGUUGGUUCAUAAACUACGUAGCCCCUUUUUGAAAUUUUGCUCACAAUGAAAAACACUGUUUGUAUCGUGGUCAAUACUUAACUUCCUCCUUAAAAGACUACGUGUGUUGUGAACGUUGGCAAUUUUCAACUACUUUAUUGAAAAAAAUGAAUUUAAUUCCAUUAAAAAUGUUUGUAUUUUUUAGGUCCCAACUUUGCUAUUUGCUGACUUACGAAUACAGAGAGAAAAUUGCAAUUUGACGUACAGAACUUUGGAAAUUAAAUCGACAGAAGAAAUCAUUGAAGGUACAACGUUCAAGCGACACGUAAAAAGUACAAUAAAGGAAAAUAUGGCAGAUCCUCUUAACAUCUUUUCCGAAAUUUUUAUGGAGAGUUUUAAGGAAGCAAUGAGGCAGAAUAAUCAGUGCCUCGUUAAUGAGUUGCUAUUACAAGGAAGUGUUUACCAAAGCGAUAAAUUUGGCAACACAUUUUUACACGCUGCGGUAAUAAUAGGCUCAUUAGACACAGUAACAGUUUUAUGUAACUUAGGGGCGGAUAUUUAUGCUUUAAACAAAGAUAAGAAAACUCCAUUGUUUUAUGCCAUUAAGAGUUCUGUAGAUAUAGUCAAAAUAUUAUUAAGUAAUAGAGAAAUUAGUGAUUGGUGUUUACUGCGUCAGGCUAUUAUUUUUGGAUCUGAAGAAGUAGUUAAAUUUUUUGUAAAUAAUUUGCCAUUGUACAUUAAUAAAAAUUUUCCAACAGAGUGUAUAUUCAAUAGAAGUCUAAGACUCUCUAAAAUAGUUAAAUAUGAUAAGAUUGAGGAUAUCUUAAAACUACUUCUUCAGCUUCAAAAAUAUGUCAGUCGUGAAUAUUUAGAUUAUCCUUUGUUAAUUUUUUUCGCAGCAAAAAUAGCCAACAAACAUAUUUUACAAUUAGUUUUAGAAGACUGUGAAAAAUAUUUAGAAGAAAGUAUAGGUUUCACUAAACCGUUGAUUGAAAGGAAUGUGGAAAGAGAUGAAACACAGAAUCGAUUUCUUCCCUACGAAUUAAAUUUUCAAGGUAGUUUUUGCGAAACAGCACUUCAUUACGCAGUGAGUCUUCAACUGUCUGAAGUUGUGCUGUUUCUUUUACAAGAAGGAGCGGAUCCCAAUUGCAAAACUCGUAGUGGUUUAACACCUCUUCAUUAUGCAUCAUAUCUUGGAAACGAGAACAUUUGCAGUAUUCUGUUAAACUUUGGAGCGCAGGUCAAUCCGAAUUCGUGUCAAACAAAUUUCGGACUAAUUUUACAUUCGGAUUGUCCAAGCAAUCCAUUACAUUUAGUUUGUGGUGAGUGGACCACGCGAGAAGUUUUAAAUUCUUCUUGGAAUUCUUAUUGUAAGGAAUUGCAUGAUUCGAAUUUCUUACCGGGACCUGUUUUUGAUAGGAAGAUAUUAAAGCUAUUACUGAGUUAUGGAGCAAAUCCUAAAAUUUCAGGACAUAAUGGUUUUAAUCCUUUCUUUGAAGCGUGCAGAACAGGUCGUUGGAAGGAAAUGAAGAUUUUUUUGGAAUUUCUUACAGACGUUUAUGCUUAUGAUAUAGAAGAGAAUACAGCUCUUCAUCUUGCAGCAAUUGAUGGUGCCUUUGAAACAGUAGAUCUUCUACUGGCGAAAGGCAUUGACGUCAAUGUAAAAAAUUAUUUAGGUUAUACUCCUCUUAUGUAUUACAUAACAAAUGUGAAGAAUCCAUGUUCGAAAAUGAUAAAACUUUUCGCGUACCAUGGCGCAAAUUUAAAUGACAGAAGUAAUGAAGGGUGGACAGUUUUACAAAUGGCUGCUUCAUUUAAUAAUCCCGAAGCUGUACUAACCUUGUUGGAAUUAGGAGACAAAGAAUUGUGGAAUUUGUCUCCUGAUUCCCAUACUCAAGGUUUAGUCUCAAGUUCGUGGUCAACUGGUGGACAGGGAUUAGAAGUUCUUCUGUCUUUCAUCUCUUUAAGAGAGGAUAAAAUCGGAAAUUAUAUUAAAUGUUUUAUAAAACCUUCUCAUUUCAAUAAAGCUUCUACUUAUUUUGAAAAGUCAAAACUAGAACAGGAAGAAUUAAGGAAAGCGAUAGUAGUGCAUAGAAGAAAUAUUUCAUAUUACAAUAUUUUAACAUGGAAUUUUUCAACAUUAGUACGUGUUAUUAAAAUUGCAAAAUUAAGAAAUGAAUUAACUUAUUUUUCAAAUGUAAGUUUGAAGUUUCCAUGUUAUGCACUUUUAAUAAAUCGUAGAUUAUCAAGAAUUAAAUCAUUAGAAGCUUCUGUGGAUAAAGCUAUCGAUUUCUUUAUGAAUUUCGGCGAAAAAAAUCUACCGUGUCUAGUUAUUGAGAAAAUUCUUAGUUAUCUUUCUUGUCGAGAUUUUCAGGUGUUUGGAAAUGUUCUAUAGGAAAUUUAAUUAUUAUGAACUUAUAAAUAGAGACAUUAGAUUUUCGUUUUAAUUUCUAGUUACCACUCGCAAUGCUGAAAUUGACAUCAAUAUUAACAACAUAUUCUCAACAGUUUUUGUAAUACAGAAAUAUUGUCAAUACUGCUGCAACUUUCAGUAGUGUAUGGGCUUUAUAUUAUUAUAAUUUACAUAAUUUAUUGUUUUAUAAUCAAUUUAUUUAUUGUGAAAUAUGUUUGUUGUUAUUUUAGUAUAAAUAAUGUAUAAAGUGUGUAUAUUUAAAUAGUGUAAAUAUAAUUAGUGUGCAUAUGUAAAUAUUGUGUAUGUAUGUAUAUUUAUGUCAUAACUUGUAUGUUUACAGAAAUGUCUUAAUUAAAAAAAAUAAAAAU